UGAGGUGUGCUCUCUUUGAAGAAGAAUGCGUGCGCGAUGUCAUUCUAGCCCGUCACUAAUCUAGUGAAUCAAAAUAAUGUAUGCAUGAGUACAAUAUAGAGAGAAAGAACAAUAUUUUUCGUCAGAACGAAUUUCCAUGAGUGAGAGAGUGAAAAUUAGUACUGACUGUAAAACUUUGUUUCAAUGCCAUAACUUCUAGAGCUAAAUAAUAAUAUAAAAUCUAAAAACGAAUUGAACCUCAUAUUUUGACGUUUUAUUGAAGUGUAAGCUCCAUAAAAUCGGAGCUGGCAGGAAGACUGUGACUGGAUGCAAACGAGAAUAGAAAGGCUUAGAAAAUCAACGGCAAGAUGCAGCUGUUUCUUCUGCUUCUAUUGAUUCAUUCCGCUCGCUGCACCGAAUACACCGACUACUACAACUACGAUGGAGGUUAUGAAGAACAGGGAAAAGUUAACAGCGCUGUCGAAGAUCCGCCAUCUUUCCUUGAUCGACCUCAAGAGUUCGUCGCCAGGAUCGGGGAUUCUGUCACUUUCCCUUGCGAUGUCGAAGAAACGGACCAUGUGAUGACGUUCAGUCACAUAUCGAGUUACCCCAGACGAGGAGGCAAAAGUCUCUACUUCGCCGCCGAGAGUCCAGUGCGCAGAGUUCCGCGCUUCAAGAAGAAAGGCAGCAAGUAUAUCUUGUCAUCAGUGAGGAGGUCUGAUGCUGGUGUCUACAUUUGUCGAAUUGAGACCAAAGUUCCCGUGGAAUUACAGCAUAAGCUCACCGUCCAGUACGCUCCCAAGGCUUCGAUAGUUGGCCCCCGAGAGCGGACAGUUGACCAGGGCUCCGUGCUGGAGCUGCAGUGCGCCGCAGACGGCGAGCCUAAGCCAGAGAUCGUGUGGCAGAAAGAGGGCGCUGCAUUGCCUGCUGGAACAGAAACUAACAAGGGCCCCAUCUUGCGCAUUCGGCCAGUUGACCGCCACAUAGAAGGAACGUACACGUGCUCCGCCAGUAACAGCAUCGGCGAGCCUUCGAAAGCUUACGCAACAGUUAUUGUCCAAUAUCCUCCAGAAAUACGGCCGAAGCAGGCAAUGGUGCACGGAGGCGAGGGGGACUCGGCUGAGUUGGUUUGCAUCGUGCUGGGCUUCCCAGCUCCCAGAGUUUCCUGGUCCCACAACGGACAAAUUCCUUCAUCAGACAAAUACCAAAUGACGACCGACGGAGAGCGCCGCUACAGCCUCACAGUGCGCAACGUCUCCGAACAGGACUUUGGUGAAUACAGAUGCAACGCCAGCAACAGUCUGGGAACCAACAGCAGCAGCAUCAGAUUAACAGGUUUGCCAGGCACUCCGAUCAUCACCAGUAGCCCCGCUGGUGGGGAGGAGACCACCUAUACCAUCACCUGGGAGACUGAGAGCACCGCCCCACUGCUCCAGUACAGGCUGAGAUACCGCGAGAAAACCGAAAACGAGACUGUAUUGCACGGCCCGGGGCACUGGCACGACUCUCUGUACUCCCCGAAGCUGGCGCUUCAGCAGGGGUUGGUGCACAGGGCGGCUGCUGUCAGGGGCAACCAUCGGACGAGUGGUGGACCGGCUGGCAGGGCCUUAGGGCAAAAGUUGGAAGGGAAGUUGAUUCCUGAGGACCGCAUCAGGCCAAUGGCUCACCCUCUGGACACCCUCCUGGCCGCCACCGAAUACCAGGCUACGGUUCAGGUCGAGAAUAAGUUUGGUUGGUCACAACCUUCACCCGUCUUCUACUUCCAUACCAAGAGAGAAGUGGCCGUCGGCCAGUCGGCGACAACAAGCAGCGACAGUCUACCUUCCUGGCGCGGUUGCCCGCUCCUACGCUGGCUGAUGCUCGUGCUUCUUUGUUGUGCCAUUAGACUCUGAAUUUUCUCAGGCGUCGAAAUUAAUUUUAAUCAACUUUACGUACCUGUAGUAAAACUGUCGAAUUUUCGAUUUAAAUUUAUGUGUCUCAUAGUGUCUGAAUGUUACUUACAGUAUGCACGAGUGUAUGCGCUUCGAACACGUGUAGAAUUUAUAAUUUGUUUGAGACAAA